CCCUCUCUCCCAUCUCUGGUACGGUUCACUCACUCCGCCACGCUCUCUCUCGCCGGCUCCCACUCUCUCGCCGAUUGGCCACUCCUUGCCACCUUCUCUCUGGCCAAAUCACAUCCUCAUUCAAGGGAAAACGACGCCGUUUAGACGAAACACAAAACCUCGAGGUUUAAGCCUCUCUAUUCCUCCUCUUCGUCUCUUCCAUUGCCACCAUCUUCAUUCGCUGCCGUAACCUGGUAGUGCUCUGCUCAUCGCUCGGCCAAGCUAAGCUGCUCAAGGACUUGCAUGCUGCUCUGUCUCUUUGGGUAGCCAUUAAGUUUCGACAAUGGGGUCCUCCAAUAUCAGAGACCUCUUGACGGCGUUUAGUCCUUCCAAGGACUUGUUCGCCAUUAGCACAGGCGAUGGCCGAAUAAAGAUAUGGGACACAGUGAAGGGUCAGGUCCAGACCGAGUUUACGGACAUGGUGGCUUCUGAAGAGAGUAGCUUACUAGCGAAACCUGAAAGAGAAAAAGGGCAUCUUUCAGUUGAUUAUACGUGCAUGAAAUGGCUCUCUUUGGAAAGAAAGAAAAAAAGGAAGCUUGGGUGCUCUAUGUUGAUCUUAGGGACUGGUAGUGGUGAUGUUUUGGCACUCGACGUGUCUGCUGGCCAGUUGAAAUGGAGAGUCAGUGAUUGCCAUCCUGGGGGUGUUAGUGCCGUAUCAUUUUCUAGAAAUGCUUCAUGUGUCUACACAGCCGGUUCUGAUGGGAUGGUAUGCCAAGUUGAUUCUUUGACAGGAAAUCUGUUGGGGAAGUUUAAAGCUUCCACUAAAGCAAUAUCAUCAAUGUCUGUUUCUCCGGAUGGAAAUAUUAUAGCAACUGCAGCUGGGCAAUUGAAGAUUUUCAAAUCUUCUGAUCACAAAAAAAUGCAAAAGUUUUCUGGCCAUCCUGGAGCUGUUCGCUGUUUGAUUUUUUCUGAAGACGGUAAGUACAUUCUUUCAUCUGCAGUUGGUGAAAGAUAUAUUGCAGUAUGGAAUGUUGGUGGUGGAAAAAAGCAAUCGGCAAGCUGUGUUCUUGCAAUGGAGCACCCUGCUGUCUUUGUGGAUAGUAAGUGCGUACGUAAUGGAGAAGCUGAUGAUGCCGGUGUAUAUGUAUUAGCCAUUUCGGAAGUUGGUGUUUGUUAUUUAUGGUUUGGAAAAAAUAUUGAAGAAUUGCAAAUUGCCAAGCCUACAAAAAUAUCAAUAUCGUCUGAUGACAUUUCUGUUAAGAAUUACAAGGGUGCAUUACCUACAAUAUUCGCUGCAAGACUACAAGAUUCUACUAAACCUGCUUCCGGUCAGGUGUUUGCUGCUUAUGGAUUACUAGUAAAGCCAUCCUUUCAGAAAAUUUUGGUGCAUCAUGGCACAGACAUCAAGUUGAGUACCUCCCGUGAUGGGGUCCUUUUACCAAUGACACAGUCAUUUGUGAAAUCUAAGAAAGGUCGAGAUGCGCAAAAUGGAGUUAUUGCUUUGGACCGCGCACAUGCUGGGGAUGCUUUACUCUCUAUUCCCAAGGUGUUUGAUUCUCAUGAUGAAAAGAACAAACAUAAAACUUUGAGUACCGGCAUUGAUGACAGAAUGGAAGAUUUGGUUGACAGUGGGUUUCAAAAGGGCAAAGAUGAUGCUUUAGAGAUGGAAGCAGAGUCUGUAGCAAUUUGCAUGGAGGACCGUCUAAGAUCAUCAGGAUUGCUCAGUGAAGCAGAUGAUAUUACUUCAAAGUCAAGACAAAACUCUACUAUACUCGAAGGCAUUGAUCUCAAAGCUCUUGUACCGCAAAAGAAGAUGAAGGCAGUAGUGCUAUCAAAAGUACCUGGCGACGCAUGCAAGUUACUUGGUGUCUUGAUGGCUUUGUGGCAAUCAGGGUCGUGCAGUGGAAAGUAUGUUAUGCCAUGGAUUUACAGCAUAUUGGUUAAUCAUAAUCAUCAUGUUUCGUCUCAAGAACCAGUGACUCAGAUGCUUAAUUCCUUGUUCAAGGUAAAUGUUGCAAAGGUUUCCAAAAGCAGAGGAACAGCAAUUCAGUCUUUGUUGCAAUUGUCCGGCCGUUUGCAACUUGUUUUAGCACAGAUUAACAAGGCAGCACAUCCCAAAACACCAUUACAGCAAGAACACGACAUAGAUGAAAGCGACGACGACGAUGAUGAAGAUGUAGAUGACGUUAUUUAUAAAGAAGACGAUGAUGAAUCCGAAAUAAGUAGUGAUGAAGACAGUUAAAGAAGUUGCACUGCUCAUUCUUAUUGAGUGGUUAAAGUGGCUCAGUCUGCUAUUUUAGCAGGGUGUCCCUUCCAAUGUAAACCUACAAUUUUGUUCUCAAAUUAAAUUUUUUUUGCUUGGUUAAUUGGUUUUUUAUUAUUGCCUGUAAUUUAAGGCAUAAAUAGGUUGUAUUGCUGUAUAUUACUUGUAGAAGAACAAGCCAUUUUGAAACAACCUUUUGCUGUCAUUUCUAUAAUACAAAUUGUUCUUUUAUAGCAA